AUGGCAACAAGCGGAAAAAUUCAUUGUGUUGACUUAAGAAAGGGUAACUAUCGUGUGCAAGUGGAUGAAUGCUGCAAUGAUGAGGCUAAACUUAUUUUUCCUAUUGGAGAUGAGAUUUCUUUAGUACGUCAUGCUGUCGGCCACUAUGUUGAGUGGCCAUCUCAUCUGAUCAUUCCUUACGAUUCAGAUUUGCUACCUAAGAAGACAAAGAAGCAAAAAAAGAAUGGUUCACCAAUACCUAAUGCCCCAAUGACACAAGAGAAAUCUCAUCCUUCCCAAAAACUUCCUAGUCAAAAUGAAGUAGUGUCAAUUAAAGCUAGUGCCCCGAUACUCUUCAAGAUUCCUAGUGGGGUUCCUCGCUUUCUCAAGUGUCUAUUAACUACCGUGAAGUAUGUGGAGCCAAGUUUCAUGAUCAAAAUUACGAUGGAUUUUGAGAUAUUCGGCCAUGAGAAUGAUUUAUAUAUCUCACAAGAAGAUAUAGUCCAUGUUGGCUUAAUGGAAGAGAUUGGAGCAUCAUGUGUAUCGUUAUAUAUCAGGAUUUUAUACUUCCAAUUAGUGAAAAGAGAGAUCAGUCACUUUUUUCGUUUUGUUGAGCCAAUUUGGUUAUCAAAUGUUGGAUCCACUGAAGAAGAACGAGUUGAAUGGGUAUCAAAGCGCAUGCUUGAUUCAAAUCCGGGUCAGAUGUGGUUGUUGCCAUAUCAUAAGGGAAAGCAUUGGAUGCUUAUAAUAAUUGAUUUUGAUCGCCAAUUGUGCUAUUUCCUGGAUUCUCUUCACAAUUUUCCACCAGAUGAAAUCAAAUCUCUCAUUUCUCGUGUCUUUCAACAUUUACGCACAAAUAAUGCAAAAACUAAGGAAGUCGCUUGGAGAACAAUUAAGUGUCCUCGUCAACCAUUACAAUCAGUACAAUGUGGGUUCUAUGUUAUGAGGAUGAUGAAGGACUUCGUGACAAAUGAGUUUUCAAUGCGUUGGCUAACUAGUAAUUGUGGCGGGAAGAACUAUUACACAAAGGAUGAGAUCAAUGAAGUACGUGAAGAAUGGGCACAAUGCGUCAUGGAUUUGAUGAGUACUACAUAGGUCCACUCACUUUUGUUAACUUAGACUUUUAAUGAGAUAUACUUACAAUGUUAACUUAGACUUUCUUGAAGAUAUACACACUUUUGUUGCCUAACUAUAGUUUACAAUGCUUAUGUGAGUCAUUUUGUAAUUAACUUAAGACUCGUUAUUUUAGAUACUUAGUUCAAAUUCUAGUAUUUUAUAUUAUUGUGAUAUAUGUUUUGUUUUGUUCAGUUUGUUUGUAUAAAAAAACAUGAUUUG